ACUUUCGGUUUCCAAGCUGCUGAUUGUUCCUUGCUGCCUCCUGGUGGAAGGAAUGAGUUCGGACCGCAACAGAAUCGCUAUUAUUAUUUUUAAGCGAGGGUGGGGGUGGGGGUUAAAAUUAAAAUUUGCUGUGUGGUGUAUAUACAAAAAGGCGUGCGAAGUGUGCGGCCGGGGGCGCGCGCGGAUAAAUUUAUUUAUAAAGGCAGUAAUCUAAGCAGGUAAAAUGCUUUUAAAUAUUUAUUUUUUAUUUUUCAAGGGAGAGAAAUGGCACGAUCGCGACAAUCGGCGAGAUCACUGAAACGCUUUAUUUCUUUAUUUCCCCUGAACCGAGUAAGGGGAAACCGGCUUUAGGACCUGUUCGUUGCGCGCCGUUAGAGGCAGCACCGUGCGCCAAUGUGGAGUCACAUGCAUUGCAGGAACCCGAAACUGAAAAGUUAACAAAGUAGGAUUGUUCUCAUUGAAGGAGAGGAGGACGGAGAAACGGCGGCGUGCGAUAUGAAACAUGGCCUCUGUCCUCAGCACUGUCUUGCAAUGGUCUCUCAGCAUCGUCAUCCCGUGGUUUACAGCUCAGCUCUGGAGAUUCAUGAACAAACUGCUGACCGUCGCGGUCGUGGUGGCGCUCGCUGUUCUCCUCUCCACGAUGUGGCUAGCUGUGAACAAAGCGGAUUAUUCCCCCAUGGGCACGGACCACGAGGUUGCCGUGACAACCAAGCAAUUGUGGAAGCCCACCAGUGUUCUCAGUAUCAUGAAGGAUGCCCUGUUGUACGUGGCUAACCUACUGCCCUCUUACGAACCACUGACAGUUGAGAAUCUCCUAAGGCACCGCGAUCGGCUGGAUGGCGUCAACUACAUACUCCAAGCCUGUUUCACCAAGGCCAUUGAUACCUUUCUCCAGGAGCCCUGGUCUGUGCAGCAAAAUGCCCAGCUGGUCAUCCAGUGUGAUGGACCCCCCAUAGAGUUUCGGUCCGGCAAGGGGGACUGCCAGAUUUCUGUAUAUGUCAUAAAGAAGCGGAUCCAGUGUGAUAUCAAGGAGCGGACGGCCGAAAUGUACCUUGCGAGGCUGGCCAAUCACAAGGAGCCACUGAGCGUCGGAGACCUGCUGAGAGUGAGGCAGAGCUUGCGCUCCUGGGGGGUACUUUCCGAGGAACUAGGGCACUGCUUGGAGUUUGCCGUGGAAGAGUUUGCCAAGGAGCCGUUCUGUGUCCAGGACAAUGCCUACAUGGUUGUAGACUGCGGUGGGCAGGUGCUGAACUUCGCCUCUGGCGAAGGGGAGAAUAAGAUCAAUAUCUACGACGUGCGGGGAGGCCUCAUUCACUACCGGAUCAGGAUCUCAGGUUCUUGGACCAGCAUCGUGCGGUUCUUUCAUGGGAACAAGGACCACGUGCAAACACAUGCGAGGAAGCCUCUGCAACUAGAGUGAGAUCAGUGCUAAGAAAGGAGCUUGCCUCUCCUUGUUUCUAAAAAGACUGGUUCACAGUUUCCCCUGGUUGUACAUGAGAGAGGCAGAACAUGUGCACAUUUUUGCAAACAGUCCCCCCUCCCAAAUUAAAUGCAUUUUGUAUGUUGUUUUCACAAACUCAUGGAUUUUUAUGCACGCUCAGCCAUACCUUAUGCAUUUUUGAACAGGAUUUUUGAGUUGGGGAAACUGCAUUGAUAAAAUUCUGAUAAGCACUGAUUUUGAAGAAUAGCUUCCUUUUGAUCCAUGUACUGCUAGGAAACUUCCAAUCCAAGAGCCACAUUUUCUCACAGGGAACCUUUGUGGUUGGGAAAACACCCCCCUGGCAUAGCUGCCAAGUCUCCCGUUUUUUGCGGGAAACCCCCGGAUUUUAAUCCGUUUCCUGCUGUUAUCCCGAAUAGAAAAAAAUCCCGUAAAUCUCCCGAUUUCCUACCUGCCAGGAGGCUUCUUAUGCACAUGUCUGGACAUGCGCAGAACCGAUUUCGGGUGCUGCUCUUCCCAUGUCUGGACACUGGAAAUUGGGCAGAGCGGCACUGGAAGUCGCUUCUACGCAUGUCCAGACAGACUUGGCAGCUAUGCCCUCUGGAGAUUGGUGAUGCAAACAGAUUAGGAAGACUAGGUAGCUCUAUGCCUAUGGACCAACAUGGAUAUCUUAAGCCCCAAUUGCUUUUAUUUGUUUAUUUAUUAUUUACAACAUGUAUACAAUACUCUAGCCAAAAAGGCUCCCAGAGCAACUUAUAUGAUCAGGCUUUCAACCCAAAAUAGACACAAGGAAAAGGGGUGGGGAUGGUGGAGGAAGCAUACCAGCACACUACAGUAGUUCUUAAAGUCCUUUUAAGGACUAGUUGGGAAGGAACUGGAAACUGUUCAGUAGGCCUGCUCAUGGUGGUGGACCAAUCAGAGCUGGUCUUUGAGCAGAGGCAGUGAAACAGCCCUCCUGUGCUUCUUCCCCUCUGCUCCACAGCCAGAUGGAAUUUAUUUCAAUAAUGCAACUUAUUAUUUUUUAUUUUUCUUUUAAUUUUUACAAAUGCUUUCUUUUGGAAAUUCCACAGUAAUAAAACAAAUAGUUACAAUAAUACAAAAAUAAACAUCGCUAUUGCAUUUCAUAAAUUACAUUCCUUUUAUAAUUGACCCACCUAACGACAAAUAAUUACAAUUACAACAAAUAAAAGCUUGACAUAUCUUGCUUUGCAUGACAUGCAUCUAUCUCAUAUAUUGGUUUCACCUUUUAAGUUGCGUUACUGAAAUAAAUGCACUUUUUGACGAUAUUCUAAUUUCCCGAGUUUCACCUGUAGACAUGCCAUUUCAAAUUCAUUAUAAAAUAACCAUUAGAACAUAUCAGUUAAUAUCAAUUAAACACAAGAAAUUCCAGUACAGUACAAUCACAUAUUAAGAAUAAAAAAGUAGCCACUGCAUCAGUUACGUAGGUUUCCUGCCAUAGGUCUAAAACAGAGUCAGACAAGAGUCUUGGCUGGUCAAAUCUCGUCAAAUUAGAAUAGUUUUGUCCUUGCUGAAAAGGAGCAGGCUCAUAUUUCUCAAUAAAUGAGAGAGAAGGCAUUUGUUGUCCAUCAAAGCAUGAUACGUUUGCUGAAAGGAAUUCCUACACUCACUCUGGAUGAUUGAUGGAUGAGUUCUAGGUGUCAUUGAGUUCUGUGGAAUUAAUUAGGCAUAUGCAACUGAUCGCUCCUUGAAGCUGGCAGUACACUGGCAUCAGCAUGGCUUUGGGGAAGGCCUCUCACUGCUUAGCCAAAUCGCAUACAUAGUUCCAGGGCAUGAAUCAAGUUCUAGUUGAACAAGUUGCUGGAAGCAAUUGCAGAUCGCUCAGGGGGCUCAGGAUGUCUGUGAGAGAUGGGGGGGGGGAGGAUGGAGAGAUGGGGGAGGGAGGGAGAUGUGAGGUUAAAAAAGCACCACACAAAACCUUAGAAGAAAGUCAGCUGGAGUGCAAAAUGCAUGCAUGCAAAGUAAGCAAAAGUUCGUAUGUCACAUUGCUCUCUCUCUCUCU